AUGAGUAGUGAACCCAGUGACUUUACUGAAUAUAUCAGAUAUCUUUAUGGAAUGGAGGAUCAAGUAGCAGCACCGGCAUCGAUUAUGCAGAGCCACAUACCGCUCCCGCCAAAGUUGGAGUUGGCGGGUAACGUUGCACAACACUGGAAAUCCUGGAAACAGCUGUGGGACUCGUAUGUCAUAGUGACGGGACUUUCAGAGAAAACCAAUGCCUACCAGGUUGCGACUUUUGUUACAUGUAUUGGCCCUGAAGGCCUCGAGGUCUACAACGGACUACCAUUUAAAGACGAAAAUGAAAAGAAUGACCCAGCAACCAUAUUGAAACUCAUGGAGGAGUACUGUGUAGGGAAAACAAACACGAUAUAUGAGAGAUAUGUUUUCAACAACAAGCAUCAAGAAACGGGAGAGACAAUCGAUUCCUACGUCACAAAGUUGAGAAAGCUCUCACUGACCUGUGAGUUCGGUCAGUUAGCCGACCAGAUGAUUCGUGACAGAAUAGUGUGUGGAAUCAAGGACAACGCUAUAAGAAAAAAACUUUUGCAAGAAUCUGGACUGUCACUUCAGAAAUGUGUGGACAUCUGUAGAGCAGCAGAGAAAACCGCCGCACAAGUUAAGACCAUGAAUCCUCAGGAGAAAAUUCACACAUUGAAAAAAUCAACCAAACACAGAAACGGUGUGAAGCAGAAGGAUCAUAAAGGAAGAGGAACACACCAUAAACCACAGAGUACAAGGACCCAUACAUGUUGUUACUGUGGUCAGCAGCACUCCAGAGAUAAACAAUCAUGUCCAGCAUGGGGCAAAACCUGUGGGAAGAAAACCCAUUUUAAGGCAGUGUGCCGACAGCGAGAUAAGAGAGUGAACGUCCUGGAUAAGUAUGAGCAAUGUUAUUCCGAUGAGGAAAUCCUUAAAGUAGAACAGAUCUUCGCUACCAGCGCUUUGGAACAUCCGAGAAAACUGUUUGCUCAAAUGAACAUUAAUUCUCAGCCGAAACCUGUAAAAUUCCAAAUUGACUGUGGGGCCACCUGUAAUGUUAUUACAGAUGACCUUGUACCAAAAAAUGUGAAGAUACAGAAGGGUCAUCACACAUUGAAAGUUUACAAUGGACAGCAAAUGAAGACUUCUGGCAGUUGUAAUUUGACCCUCACUAAUCCAAGAAACGGGGAAACAUUCAAAGAGAACUUUGUUGUGGUGAACAGUGGUUUACACCCUAUUUUGGGCUCAAGCACAAGUCAGCGAAUGAACUUGAUAUCAGUCCAACAUGACAAUAUUAUGACUAUAGAGUUCCCCAGCACAAACAAUCACCUUGAUAUGGACACCAUAACGAAGAAUUAUGGAGACAUCUUUACAGGAAAUGGAUGCUUUAAGGGACCUGUGCAUCUAGAAAUAGACGAGACUGUCCCACCUGUGAAACUUCCUUUACGCCGUGUCCCAGUUGCAAUCAAGCCACUUUUGCAACAAGAACUGAAAAGACUAGAAGGAUUACAAGUCAUUCAAGCUGUCAAUAAGCCUACAGACUGGGUAUCUAGCCUACUAGCAUUCAAGAAGGCAAAUGGAAAGUUACGCAUCUGCAUUGACCCGAAGCCUUUGAAUAAGGCGCUCCGUCGAAGUCAUUACCCUCUUCCUGUGAUCGAAGACGUUUUACCUGAUCUGUCCAAGGCUCGCGUUUUCACGGUGUGCGACGUAAAGAAUGGCUUCUGGCAUGUGGAGCUCGACGAGCAGUCCAGCUACCUUACCACCUUUGAAACUCCAUUUGGACGCUAUCGCUGGCGCCGCCUACCCUUUGGCAUCUCCCCAGCGCCUGAGAUUUUCCAGCAUCGUUUGGAACUAGCCAUACAAAACUUACCUGGAGUCAAAGCUGUUGCUGAUGAUAUCCUUAUCUAUGGAGAAGGAGACAGUGAUGCAGAAGCAGUACGCGAUCACGACCAGAAACUGAUCAGCCUUUUGAACCGUUGCCGCGAGCAGGGAAUCAAGUUGAACAAAGACAAGUUUAAACUGCGAUUAAAGGAAAUGCCAUAUAUUGGACAUGUUCUGACCCCCAGUGGACUCAAGCCUGACCCUCGCAAAGUACAGGCUAUUAUCAGGUUAUGGGAAAACUUCAUCAAUCACAUAUUGGAGUUGAAGGAUGCCUUCGUAGGGCUCGAGAGUGUGUAUACUGGCCGAACAUGA